AUGGCAUCAUCAUCAUCAUCACGGCGCACGCGCGACGAUGAGCAAAGGGGUGCAUAUACCACGGUUGCACAGGCUGAAGAAACAGCUGCAGAAUUGACAGCGCACGGGAAAGAGCUGGAACAAGAUGAGCGCCAGGAUCGCGAUCUCGAAAGCGCGCUGUACGUAGGAUCCAAACCGACUCCUGAAGAUCUCCUUUUCCUGCCACGAGUCGCAGACAAGCUCCCCUAUGGUGCUUUCCUCGUUGCCAUUGUCGAACUUUGUGAACGCUUUGCUUAUUAUGGACUGGCUGGACCUUUCCAGAACUACAUGGCCAACUCAUACCAUGAUGCCAAUGGACUUCCAGGCGCUCUUGGUUUGAGCCAAUCUCGAGCGACCGCUCUGUCGAACUUCUUUCAAUUCUGGUGCUAUGUCACGCCUAUCCUUGGUGCGGUGGUAGCUGAUCAAUACCUUGGGCGGUACCUGACAAUCAAAUGGUUCAGCUUAGUUUACAUGGCUGGGAUAGCAGUCCUGUUCGUAACAAGUCUUCCCUGGAGUAUUGAGCGCGGCGCAGCAUUCCCGGGCCUCCUGGCCGCAAUGGUGAUCAUUGGGCUUGGAACAGGCGGGAUCAAGAGCAAUGUCAGCCCGCUCAUCGCAGAGCAAGUGCGCAGUACAAGCGCCUUUGUCGAAACGAGAAGAGACGGAGAAAAAGUAAUCGUCGAUCCAGAGAUCACAGUCCAGCGCAUCUACAUGAUCUACUAUAUGUGCAUAAAUUUUGGCUCUGUCUCAGCAAUCGCAACUACCUUGCUCGAGUUACACGUCGGGUUUUGGAGCGCUUACCUGUUACCGCUCAUCAUGUUCUGCGUUGGGUACGCCGUCCUAGUCUGGGGCAAAGACCGAUAUAUUAUCAAACCGCCCCAGGGUGGAGUUAUUGGUAGCUGCUUCAGUGCGCUUUGGAUCGCAGCGCGCAACGGGUUUGAUAUCGACACGGCAAGACCUUCCGCUCCGCUCAAUCGAGCACGUGUCGUCUCUUGGGAUGAUAGCUUUAUUGAUGAGCUGAAAACUGCUUUGCUGGCAUGUAAAGUCUUCCUCUUCUUCCCUAUCUAUUGGGUUGCGUAUUCACAAAUGCUGAACAAUUUUGUUUCGCAAGCUGGUCAGAUGCAACUGCAUGGUCUCCCAAAUGAUAUCUUGCCCAACAUUGACCCAAUCACCAUUAUUCUACUAGUGCCAGUCAUAGAUCGCCUGAUCUAUCCGUUCAUACGGACGAGGCUGCAUUUUGCCUUUUCGCCGAUGACCCGCAUUACGCUCGGUUUUUUUAUCGCGGCAGCUGCUAUGCUCUACGCCGGAGGACUCCAAUCCUUCAUCUACAACGCCCCACCCUGCUUUUCGCAUCCAUCUAAAUGUGAAGCUGGCAGUAUUGGUGGGGGCAAAUUCAAGCCAAAUGAGAUACACAUUGCGUGGCAAACACCAGCGUACAUCUUAAUCGCACUUAGCGAGAUUCUGGCAAGUAUCACUGGCCUGGAGCUGGCAUAUGCGAAGGCGCCGGAGAACAUGAAGAGCUUCAUUAUGAGCUUGUUCCUUUUGACAAGUGCUGGAGGCAGUGCCUUGGGCAUUCUGAUCGCACCGCUAGCAAGAGAUCCGUACCUGCAAUGGCUUUACUUCGGACUGGCGAGUGCAGCAGCAAUCGCGGGAUAUGUGUUCCACCGCACAUUCAAGAACGUGCAGGACCAGGAUGCACACCAAUCUCAGAGUGUGGAAGAGUUCGAACUGAGGAGCAGAAGCAGCUUUGCAGACGAUGAGGGCGUCAAUCCGGAUCCUAAGAAUGUUUGA